AUGGCUCACAGUCACAGACACCAUGUAUUACUAUUUCCUUUCCUUGCCAAAGGCCAUCUCAUACCUUUCGUAGCAUUAGCAAGGCUUCUCGAGCUAAAAACCAACUACGCCGUCACCAUCAUCACCACUCCAUUCAACAUACCAACCAUCCAAUCCUCCCUUCCCCCAACAUCCACCAUCCGCAUCGCAUCUCUCCCCUUCAACGGCUCCGAUCAUGGUCUCCCUCCUAACGUCGAAAACACCAACGCCCUGCCUUUCCAUCUCGUCAUCAACCUCUUGCAGGCCUUGGAAACUCUCCAGCCCUCCUUGGAACGCUUCAUCUCCGACAUCCAUCGCGAAGAUGGACACCCUCCUCUCUGCAUAAUCUCAGACAUUUUCAUGGGAUGGACCGUCCAGAUUGCAAACAAGCUAGACGUCUUCCAUGCAGUAUUCAUCUCCUGUGGGGCAUACGGUGGCGCCGCCUUAUGCUCGCUUUGGCUUAAUCUCCCGCAUUGCCGAAUUGACUCCGACGAAUUCCAGAUACCCGACUUUCCUGAAGCCGGCUACAUCGACAGGUCCCAGCUAUCCUACCAUCUCCGGAUCGCCGACCGCACGGACUCCUAUUCUCUGUUCCUCCAAAGACAGCUUUCACUCACCUUGCGGUCAGAUGGGUUUUUAUUCAAUACCGUGGAAGAUCUGGAGACUGCUGGGUUGGGAUAUUUCAGUAGGAAAACGAAUCGCCCCGUUUGGCCGGUUGGGCCCAUUGCUUCUUUUCUAAGAAACAGAGAAUGUGAUUCAAAUGAAGAUGGAGUAAUUUCUACAAAUAAUUGCAUUGAAUGGUUAAAUCUCCACCAUCCAUCUUCAGUUCUUUAUGUAUGUUUCGGGUCUCAGAACACUAUCUCUGCUUCUCAGAUGAUGCAGCUAGCUGUUGGACUGGAAGCGAGUGGCCAAAAUUUCAUUUGGGUCGUUAGGCCUCCACUCGGGUUCGACGUAAAUGGGGAUUUUAGAGUAGAAUGGUUGCCGGAAGGAUUUGAAGACCGAAUUACGGAAAGAAAUCAGGGGAUUCUGGUGCAGAAAUGGGCGCCUCAGACGGAGAUACUGUCGCAUGGGUCGACGGGUGCGUUCUUAAGCCAUUGCGGGUGGAAUUCGGUGGUGGAGAGUUUGAGUCGUGGGGUGCCCUUGAUUGGAUGGCCGUUGUCGGGCGAACAAUUCUACAAUUCAAAGAUGAUGGAGGAAGAGCUAGGUGUGUGCGCGGAGGUUGCGAGGGGGUUCGAUUCAGAGGUUUCGGGGGAGAAUGUGAAGAGGGUGAUAGAGAUGGUAAUGGGUGGGAGUGAUAGAGGAGAGGAGAUGAGAAGGAAGGCUUUGGGAGUGAGAGAGAUAAUGGAGGAAGCUGUUAGAGAGGAUGAAGGAUUCAAGGGCUCUUCUGUUAAGAUGAUUGAGGAAUUCAUCAGCACUCUUUCCUCCAUGAAGAAAACGGUACCAUGACUCCCUCCUUUUAUCUAUGUAAAUCAAUGCUCUUCUUUCUUCUUCUUCUUCCUGUGGGCCC